UCCUGCCGUGGGAAGCCCACAUCUGCCCAGCAGGUGUUCCUGCCCAGAGCAAACAGGCAGCUGGGAGUCCCGGGACCUUGGAGAUAAGGUUUGCACGAGAUAUAGCCAGGGCGAGGAUCAGGGGUCAGAGGUGUGAAGGGUAUCGAAGACGGUGGCACUAGACGUGUCCAGAGAGCAGCAUCGAGAGGGCAGCCGGGGCCUCGACGAGCGGCCAUGGAUCCGGUGGGGACAACAGACCCCUCGAUGCCCCCGGGCCCUCUGACUCACCUGAGCCUGCCGGGCAGCUCAGAGGAGCGGCAACAGAGCGACGGGCCGAGCCUCCUGGGCUUUUGGACCAGGUCAUCUCCAGAGCAUGCCACCAUCUUAAGGGAAGGUGUGCGCACGUGCCUGCAGCAGAGAUGCGAGCAGACUGUGUGGAUCCUGCAUGCCAAGGUGGCUCAGAAAUCCUACGGAAAUGAGAAGCGGUUCUUCUGCCCUCCGCCCUGUGUCUACCUCGCUGGCCCCGGCUGGAGGGUGAAGCCAACACAAGACCAAGCCCGCCAGUCUGCGGAGACGGGACCCACCGUCUGCGGCUACAUGGGACUGGACGGCGCGUCCGGCAGUGCUCCUGAGACGCAAAAGUUGAAUUUCGAAGAGCAGCCGGACUCCAGGGAAUUUGGUUGUGCCAAGACCCUGUACAUCUCCGACGCCGACAAGAGGAAGCACUUCCGGCUGGUGCUGCGACUCGUGCUGCGAGGAGGCCGGGAGCUGGGCACCUUCCACAGCCGCCUCAUCAAGGUGAUCUCCAAGCCCUCGCAGAAGAAGCAGUCGCUGAAAAACACAGACCUGUGCAUCUCCUCGGGCUCAAAGAUCUCCCUUUUCAACCGCCUGCGCUCCCAGACAGUGUCCACACGCUACCUCUCGGUGGAAGACGGGGCCUUUGUGGCCAGUGCAAGACAGUGGGCAGCCUUCACACUCCACCUGGCUGAUGAGCACUGUUCCCAAGGGGACUUCCCACCCCAGGAAGGCUACAUCCGCUAUGGCUCCCUGGUGCAGCUUGUCUGCACAGUGACAGGCGUCACCCUGCCUCCCAUGAAUAGAGGUUCCUGGCUGGGAGAGCAGCCUCUGGGGACCCCUCACCCGGCUCCCGCCCUUCCCUCCACCCUUCUGCUCCAGAUCAUCCGCAAAGUAGCCAAACAGUGCGCCCUCCUAGACGUGGACGAGCCCAUCUCCCAGCUGCACAAGUGUGCGUUCCAGUUUCCAGGCGACAGGCCCGGAGGGGGUGGCACCUACUUAUGCCUCGCCACGGAGAAGGUGGUGCGGUUCCAGGCUUCCCUCUGCCCCAAGGAGGCCAACAGAGCACUGCUCAACGACAGCUCUUGCUGGACCAUCAUCGGCACCGAAUCGGUGGAGUUCUCCUUCAGCACCAGCCUGGCCUGUACCCCGGAACCUGUCACGCCGGUUCCGCUCAUCAGCAGUCUGGAGCUGAGCGGCGGAGGGGACGUGGCCACGCUGGAGCUGCAUGGAGAAAAUUUCCACGCUGGGCUCAAGGUGUGGUUCGGAGACGUGGAGGCAGAAACCAUGUACAGGAGCCCGCGGUCGUUGGUGUGCGUGGUGCCAGACGUGGCGGCCUUCGGCAGCGACUGGCGCUGGCUGCGCACGCCCAUCACCGUGCCGGUUAGCCUGCUGCGCGCCGACGCGCUCUUCUACCCCAGCGCCUUCUCCUUCACCUACACCCCGGAAUACAGCGCGCGGCCCCCCGACGCUCACGAGCCUGCCCCCGACGCGGACGCGCUUCUCCAGAGCAUCCACCACGAGUUCACACGCACCAACUUCCACCUCUUCUGCCCCAGCUAGGUACCACCACCUGCCCCGUGGCUGACGCCCUGCGCCGCUGCGCCGCUGUCCAUCCAACAUCUUGCCCCUAUGCUAAGAAAGGGGAAGAGGCGGGGAGAUUUCUCACCUGUCCUCA